AUGACUGGAGCAGCUCGACAGGAAAACUGUCGAGACUCCCUGCUCACCAGGCAUCCGAGGACUCAGAGGACCAUUGCUGGUUUGGUGUCAAUCACACCAGAGCCUCCGCAGCCCCUGGAGCGGAGGAUGCUGCCGGCGGCGCAGCCCUCGAAUGCCCAGCGUCUGGCAGAAGUUGCAGAAGAGGAUGUGAACAGCUCCAUCGAGCUCGCUUGGCGGGUGGUGAACGCCGCAGAGCCCCGCAAGGCGGCCAUCCUCGGGCGCCGCGCCUUUGCGCUGAGGGUGCGGAGGACACUUCCGGCACCCAGCAACCUCAACACCACGUUCCCCUACCAGAAGGCUGCGUUGAUGUCUCCUCAAUUCAGGGAUGGCAAUGUGCUGGAGGGCGCAGGCUUCGGGGGGAUGCGACCUCCGCUUCCCUUCGGCGGACCGCUGACCCCGCCGCCACGCAAGCUCUCCGGCGGAUUUCCGCUACUGCAGGUGUCCAGCUGGCUGAGAGACGAUGCGCAAUCGGAUCUGCGCACGUGCGACGAGGAGAGCCCCUUCAGCACCGCGGCCAUCCUAGAGCGCAGCACAGGUGCCCUGCGCAAGCGGCGGCUGAAGCACCCGCCACAACGUGUGGUGAUUCCCCAGCCAGCCGAAGAGGAGGAGGUCGAGGGCAACUUCUCUGUCUCCGGGGUGCGCUUGGGCGGGCGUGGUGCGCGAGGCGCGCGGCACGUUGAGAGGCCGAAGGAGCUCAACCUCAUGUCCCAGGCAAGGGACUGGCGGCGGGACCCUGCCGCCUUGGCCGAGGCCUUAACUAUCGCCCUGGGCCGGCUGCAAGAGAGCUGCUCCGAGGCAGAGGAGGAAGAUGACGAUCCCCGAGAGCAGGCUGAGGCAAGCGGCUAUCCGGAAAGCUGCAAAGAGCCUGUUCGCUCUCAAGAGCGUGAAGGCGACGAUGCACAAGGUGAUGCGAAGGAGAUGAUCAAGGGUACAUCUUUGAGCUUUGCAGGGGACGAGUCGCCGUGGCCGAAGCAGAGGCGUGCGAGCCGAUCAGCGCUCAAAGCCAUUAGCAGGAGCAAGUCUCUGCCCGAGAAAUCCGAGAAGGCUGAGAAGGAGAAAGCGGGGCCCGAGAAGGAGAAGGAGAAGCGAGGCGAGGAUGACCGGCAGGCGACCGACAAAGCAGAGAAAGCUGCUUUGGAGAGGGAAAGAGCUGCUGCUGCUGCCGACAAGGCCCGGCGCGGCAAGCCGCUGAGCCUCAAGACAGGCGGAAAGGUCCGCAAGAAGGGCCUGGGGCGAAAGAUGGUCCUGCCCUUCGCUUAUGGCUCGGAGGACCCCCGCUACUGGCACGUCGAAAGCACCGAAGGAAGGAUAUGCCCGGAGUUUCUGCCUGAACGCGCAUGACCGGCCAGUGCCAAAAACCUGGUGCAGCCGCGAGGCCGCAGGCCGCAGGAUCCGCGGGCGUGAGAGUCUCUCACGUACCGCCCCGGUUCCGAGGGCAAUAAUAUCUUUGUACGCACGAAAUCUGGGGCAAGGGGGAGGCAAGGGCCCUGGCCUUGUAGAGAGGCAACAUACGC